AUGAAAACAGGAUACGGGUUAAAUACAGCGGAUUCGCUCGGAUACUUGGGAUAUGGCUCGAAACCGUAUUCCUCGCUCACCUACCUCGGCAGCAAAGGAUACAGUGCUCCUGCCACAGGAGUUCGAUCCAAAAGUGUAUUCGACAAGGAUGUGAUAAUGUCCAAAGUGAAGAAACCAAAGCUAAGGAAAACGUCCACCGAGAAAAUUGAGACACCGCUUUACAAGAAGAAAACAUUCGAUUUCACCGAUUACGCGUACCGCGAGGCUGUGAAUCGUUUGAAGUUCCUGCUGACGGAAGCUUACGAACCGACCAAGGCAGCCACAUCCUUCUACUAUCGUACCGUUGACGAUGGCAAAUCAGAAGCGUCCGACAGUCAGUCCGUCGUGGAACGUCCCUCAAUUACGGAGGUGUCCAAAUAUUUUCCAUCGUCUGCUGUUUCCCGCUACGGAAGCACACUGGGUCGUAGGUACAGCUUUCUGAGCAAGGAUACUGUAGCAGGGCCGCUGAAAUCGGCGCUAUCUAGCACUAGCUUACACCCAACACCAUCAGUGCACGCUGCGCAGAGUCUUGAGGUAGCGCAACCACCACCCGAACUGUUGGGAUUUAUUGAAAAGCAAGAAAGUUACAUCGAACAAUUGGAACGCGAGUCGCAGUAUUGCAGGGAAGAGCUGUCGACCUUACUGAAGAAGGUGAAGGAGGUUGUAUCGGAGAACGAAGCCCUCACAGAUCGAUCCCGGUCCAAGGCUUUAUAUCAGCUCGAUUCGUCCGAAAGCGAGGAUGUCGAUUACGGGGACCGUGGUAAGAGCAAGGGACCACUAUCCGGUCCAAGCAUCGUAUUCGAGUCACGCAUCAGCGAGCUCGAAGCACAGCUGGCACAGUCACAGAUCGAUCUGAAGAAACUGUUCAACGAGAACGAGGAGAACAAGCGCAAACUGUUGCACGGUGCAAGUGACGUCGGUAAUGCUGACGCGUACCGGAAGCAAGUGGAAAAUCUUCAGCGCGAUAAACAAAAUCUUGAAGAAACCGUCCGCAAGUUGCAACUUUCGAUCGAUCAGCUGAAGGAUACGGAGGCGUGCAAUUUCAGCAAAUCGCAACGAAGCCGCGACAUGAUCGAGCAGGUAGCAUUCGAGCGCAAUCAGGCAGAGAUAGAAAUUCGACGCUUAAAGGAUGAACUUGAACGUCAGCACGAGCGUGUGCGCGAAGUGCAGCACGAGAUGGCUAAACGCAUUGCAGAUGAGCGUGCCAGUGCCGAACGGCGCUAUACGUACCAUGUGGAUCAACUCGGUGGAGACCUUAGCAGUCAGUGGGAACACGCUACCAAACUGCAGCUCGAGGUAGAGCGCAUGAAACGUAUCGAGUCCGACUAUAAGCGCGAACUAAACCAAAAGAACUCCCAGAUCGACGAGCUGAAGAUGGAGCUGAAGAACAAGUCGGCCAUCUUUAUGUCGGACCUGAACCAGGGAAGCGCCGAAAAACAAUCUCUCGAACAGGAGAUCACUUCGUUGAGACUCCAGCUGGAGCGUACCGAGCGUCAAUCGAAGGUGGAAGUUUCGCGUCUGAAUGCCGAAAUCACAUCCCUCCGUCAGCGACUCGAUCGUGCAGAUGCGGACUUGCUGCACUCGAAGCGAGAAAAUCUCAAACUUGCCGAUGAAGUAGCUUCGCUGGAGAAGGAACUAACCCUUGGAGAACUCAACAGAGAGACACGACCCUCGAAGGAGCUCGCUAAAAUCAUAUCCGAUAUGGAGGCUAAACACACCAACACCGUUUCCGAACUCGAGGGCAUGAUACAAGAUCAAAAACAGCUCAUGGAAAAACUAACUGCAGAAUGCAAAAGCUUGACGCAUAAGUUAGAGGACACCACACAGAAGCAUAAGGAGGAAAAGCGGGAGCUGCGCCAAACGAAUUCCGAACUGAUGGAACGAUUGAAGCAAAUCUGGCACAACUAUAAACAGAUCAGUCCCGCAUUUCGGAAGUCUAGUGUGGCGAGUUCCGGUGGCGAUCUUCGCGAACCGGUGAACGAUGAUUCAGCCGUGUCCCAUCACGACCAGCUGUCAACUCAGGAUCGCGACCCGGAAGCAAUGCCGCCCGUUAUGCACCACCGGUCAACAACGGUAGAACCAUGCCAGCCAACUCGGACACAUUCGAUGAUACAGCAACCGGUGCUGUCGGAGCUGGACGACAGUACGGAAACGCUGGCGGAAAGUCAUCCCGACCCGAAUCACGCACAUCCGAUCGACAGCAGUACGCCCCACCGAAACAACCACCCGAACUGUCGCGAAACAAUUCCGUCGCCGAUUACGUCGACCCCAGCAAGCGCAGCGAAUCGCGACUGUCCCGAUCGUCGGUCACCAACGAAGAAGCCGUGCGGUCUGGAGGCAUUCCAAAGGAGUCGGAGUAUGGACGUGCUGUGGAACCAGAGCGUGUGUCACGAACCGGUGAUUCCACUAAACCGGACAGCGUCGGAGGUGGUGCAACAUCGGGAAGCAGCGGAAGAUUGUCGCGCGAAUCCGUGGCCGACCAGAGAGCCUCACGGCAGUCGAUGCAAUCAGUGGCAGGAUCGCAGCCAUACGGCGCAGCGGACGCCGUUGAUCCCGCACACCAAUACUCAGCUCAGCAACAGUACGGCGAGUUCGCUUACCAGUCGGGAGAACAGCAACAGUACUCGACGCUGGACGAUCAAUCUGCAGCCGGAUAUGAUCCAUCGCAACAGCAGUACACCGACCAGCAGCAGUACGAAGGGUACGCAGAGCAGUACGAUCAACAGCAGAUCUACGAUCAGCAGCAGUACCAGGGCUAUCAGCAGCCAUAUGAUGCACAGCAGUACGCCCCUGAGCAAGUUUAUGAUGAAUCCAGCUACGCCACCGGAACCGGUACAUUACAACAGCCUGUCGCACCCGCACCUACUACAACAGCACCAUCAGCACCAACACCAGCAGUCGCACCAGCACUUCCAACACAAUCUCCAACACAAGUAUCCGCCCCAGCAGCAGUCCCAUCCGCACCAUCCGCCGCCACGCCAGCAGCACCGGUUCCCUCCACCACCACCACCACCACCACUGGAGGCAGCAAACAACAGUCAGGAAAAUCUGCUGGCUCAGUGGAACAGAAGGAAAGUAACCGAACUGUGGGGAAUACACGUUCCGGUGCAUCAUCCCGAGCAGGUGCUAACGGACAGCGAUACAAACAACCAUCCGGCGCAGGACGAUAAGCCAGCAACAUUACAUUCAUGUUGCAGUAACAGCUUACCCCGACAGCAGCUACCGAAAACGUGCGGGUUCCAGCCGAUCGACAGCUAUCCGAAGCUGACCAUCAGCAGUCCGAGCCUGUUCGGCAGCAGCCCGGAUGUGAGCCAAACACCGUCACCAACAUCGACCGUGUUGAAGAACUACGAUGCUGCUAGCCCCAACCCGAUAUAG